AUGAGCAAGAAGUCAUCGACAACAGCAUCAUUCGUAUCUAAAGAUGAAGAGUUACUGGUAGCAUACUUCAAAAAGAAUAAUAGACCAUUCAGUCCUCAACAGAUUGAACUUGCUCAUCCACAAUAUGGAAAGACAAGGGUGACAAAGAUGUUAAAGUUGUUGGCAGACCAGGGAAAGAUUGUUUGUAAGGAGAGUGGAAAGUCAUUGGUGUAUUGGAUGGAUCAGAAGGAUGAGUUGGAUGAAUAUGGUCAGCCUGUGGACGGUCCAAAGCCACGUCCAGACGAUGUCACUCGUCAAAACACAGCUUUGAGAGCAGAGCGAGAGGAUCUGGACCAGCAGCUCAAGUCGCUGCAGGCCGAGUCCAAACAACUGGAGGCGCAGCUCACGGAUGACAAGAUUGAUGAGGAGAUUGAACGUUUGACAAAGGAUACGGCGGACAUGUCGGCCAAACUCAAGGCAUACAAGAGCAAGAAUACAUCAUUGACGGCAGACUCAAAGAAGACACUGGAGGCCAAUCAUGCCAAGGCCAGACGGGAGUGGAUCAACAGACGAAGGAUGUUCAAGGAGGUUCUAGACACAGUGUUGGAGCGAUCAAGCAAGAAGCGAAAGGAUCUACAAGAGGAGGUUGGAUGGGAGACUGACGAAGACCUGAACAUCACACUGGUUGAGGACAGGUCAAAGAAGUCUUCUUCUUCUUCGACGUCCUCAUCAUCAAGCGCACCAGAGUACAAGAGGCCAAGAAGAUGA